AUGGGCAGAGCGCUGCCUGGAAGACGAGUAUUCAGGCCUUCUGCCCCCGGCCCUGAGGCAAGCCUAGAGCCCACCCUGGCAGGUGAGGACCCUAGCAGGUCCCAGAGCACCCAGCGCUCCACCCUUCCCACUUCCACCCCACCCACACCCAUCCCACCUUGCUCUUGUAACACAGCCUGGAAGACUGGGCGCUGUGUCUCAGGCAGAACCUCUCCUCCAGAGCUAAAGGAACAGAAGGCAGCCAGGCAACAGGAGCUGCAGGCACCCCUGAGGCCUUCCGGUGUCUCCCCCAGCCACAG